AUGCCGCCUAAGAAGAAACUCAAACCGACACCGGAAGCCGCGCCAGAGACACCGGUCGAGUCAAGUCGUUCGGCCUAUGGCGACAGCCACGCAGCGACCGAGAAAGCCUUGCUAUCCGCCCACUCUCGACACCUACGGAACGCCGACGUGAUCGAAGAGCACAUGGUUGUGGAGCUGUUGAAAGCCGUCCACAGCUCUGAUGUCCACGGCGUCAGAUAUACACCAGAGUACCUCGCGGCUCAUCCAGAUUUCACGGGAGAGGACGCCGACGAGAUAUCAUCUAUGCAGGCUGCUAUAAAGUCCCAGAGAGACAGAGAUGAGUCUCCAGCGCUGGAGUAG